AUGAGUUCUAAGGCUGGUGUCGAUUAUGUGUUAAGAAAUCAGAGUAGAUUUCAACGUGCCAAUCAAAGAAGGCAAAGUGGAGAAUGCUACCAAAUCAAAGGAGCUAUUCCAACAAUCAAGAAGAUCCUUGAAUAGAAUCCAAAGUAUGUUACAUUGAUGUCACACAUACGGAGACCAGAUGGAAAGAGAGUUGAAAGAUUUCUCCCUCAAAAUAGUUGUUCCUAAUUAACUUCGUAAACAAUUGUCUGUAAAUGCUGGAAAUGUUAAAUCAAUUUAUUAGAAAAUCUGAGAUUUCAUAUUUAGGAGGAAGGAGAAGGCCGUGAUGCAAAUGCAGCUUGGAUCAAAACUGACAAAUAGGGUGUUAAGUAAUUUAGAAAGGAAUUAUCUGCCUUAGGAGAUAUUUAUGUAAAUGAUGCAUUUACUACUGCACAUAGAGCACACUCCUAUAUGGUUGGAAUAGAUCAUAAAGUUAGAAAGGAGCUCGAAUAUUUUUUGAAGGCCUUGGAAACACUUCAAAGACCAUUCGUUGUUAUGUUAGGAUGUGCUAAAGUUGCUGAUAAAAUCCAGUUACUUGAAUCUAUGAUUGAUAAAGCAUGGCAUUUACAUUCUUACUAAAAUAUCUCAAUAUUCCUAAUGGAAAAAGUCCGCUUUGAUGAUGUAUAUAAUUUUGUGGAUGGCAUACUCACUAAAGCUAAGGAAAGAAUCUUAAAAAUUCGUGUUCCAGUCGAUUACUUAAAUGAUGGAUGGUUUGGUAAAGUUGAAGGUUCAUUGACAAAAAGAGAAAAUGUUGAGGUCUUUGGAAGAGCUAAAACAAGUUUAUAUUUUGUGGAUUUAAUUUUCAAUCUCGAAUUUUAGUAAGUCAAGGAUGGUUCUUUGGGCAUUUUGAAUGCCUUGGUUAAAUAGACAUCAAGUGGUGCUACAACCAUAGUUGCUGAUAUUGUCGAUAUAGUUGACUCCUAUUAGGCUAAUGAUAAACUCAAUUAUGUUUCAACUGGUAGUGCUUCUUUGGAAUUGUUGGAAGGAAAGAUUUUACCAGGUGUUGAAUAUUUGACCAAUAUCAAAGAUUUAUAAUAUAUGAUUCUUAUAACACAAUUUAAUAUCAUUAAUAUUUUAAAUGGAUAAGCAAUUGCUAUAACAAAUCGACCUCAUUAUGCAAGAUAGUGUUUAAGGUGCCUUGAUUCCAAUAAAUCAAUCAAUCCUCAAUUAAGCCAAUAUGUUAAAAGUAUAGCAGAUUGUGCCACAGCUUUAAAAGACUAAGUACCUAUCAUUGCCAUAGAGACUGGCGAAUAAAAAACAUAUGUUAUCAAACCAGGAUCUAAAUUUAGUCUAUGCUUGCUAGCUUGA